AUGAGUGCUUCCAGCAAACAACAAUGGUCGCGGUUGGCUCGCGUAGUCUUCCAGUUGUGUCUAGUGUGGCAGCCAACGCGUGGCAGUGCCUCUGGUCCUCGUCGAAGACGACUGCGGCAGCGAAUUCAGCAUGAGCCAUCACAGACGUUACCGUCAUCUUCCGUAGCAAGCGCUUCUUCUUCCUCUCAACAUCAGCAUCAGCAGCAGCAUGAGGACCGCAACCUCUUGAUUCAAACACGCAUUGUCAAUGGCCGUGACGUUCAUGUGCCGCAUCAAGACUUUCCCUUUUUUGUUCAAUGGUACCGCGGCUGUGGUGCCACGCUCAUUCACGCCGAUGUCGCCUUGACGGCAGCCCACUGUUUCACAGAUACCCUUCGAGAUCAUCGCGUGCGAGUCGAAGGCGACCCAAAACACUCAUUUAUCGAAAUCCUGGACUACUUGAUCCAUCCCGAGUUCAACGACGAAACCAAUCUAGUCAACAACAAUGCCAAUGACUUUAUGUUACUCAAGCUCGCCAAACCAGUGCCAUCGGUCCGUCCCAUCCAACUGCAGUCGGACAACGAUCUACCUCUCAGAGAUCAAGAAGAUUUGACCAUUGUGGGAUACGGAUUGACGGCAGAAGACGGAGACAUUUCCAACAUUCUCCAAGAAGCUACGGUCCAGUAUCAUCAUGAUUGUUCCUUUGCUCGCUAUAGACCCGGAAAGGUCGGUCGUGACUCCAUGUUUUGUGCGCAUGGGAAAUUCAACGACACGCUCGCCGUGGAUUCCUGUCAAGGAGAUAGUGGAGGUCCCAUUCUACGAAAGACUCCUCAAGGAUGGUUGCAAGUCGGAGUCACUAGUUGGGGUGAAGGAUGUGCCCGGCCCGAUGCUCCGGGAAUCUAUGCUCGUACCCAAGUCGCUCAUGAAUGGGUGAACCGAGAACUGUGUCAUCUCAGUGAAGUUCCACCUCCCCACUGCAGUUUCCCCAACAACAUGACGCUGACUGGCUCGGCUAUAGAGAUACAGCAGAAUGUGGAUGCAGGGCUGUUGGUAGUGGCGGCAGAGAACAACAAUGCCACCAACACCUCUGUCGUACCGAACGUGACUAUUUCCACCACCCUCACGUUACGAGUCGAUAUACAUUACGAUAACUACCCACAGGAAAUCAGCUGGGCGCUGGCGCAACAACAACAACAACAACAACAGUCGGAAGAGAGCGCUACUACCAAGAAGAAUGCCCCACUGUUGAAACUGGUUUCGCCACGGCCAACAGUAUCUUUGCGCAAUCAACGCAUCUCGCAACACAUCUUGGAUGUACAACCUGGAACGUAUCGAUUGGAAGUUUAUGAUACCAUUGCUGGAGAUGGAAUCUCACUGUCCAAUGAACGGGAAGAAGAAGAUGCGAUACAAGUAUGGUUGUUGACGACAACCACCACCACAAGGACACUGACAAACGCCUCCAACUCCAGUCAAGUCGCCAAGGUUGGUUGGAACGAAGGAGCAGAUGCAGUGGACGCGGAGAGCGUUAGCCAACUAUUAGAUGACCACCAAGAUGGUGUGUCGGUGACGGUGACACAUCAUGUCGACGAUGCCCGGCUUCUUUGGAAACACAGUGGUGACUUUGGGGAGUUUGUGUACGCCGAAGUCCCAGUUGCUUAA